UAACACCAAACACUUUACUCUCUCCCUCACCCAAAAGCAAGCAAACCCUUCAAAUGACGUAAAAGCAAAACACUGACUUUGCUUCCCCGUUAUUACCAAUCCAAGAAAAAAAGCUAAUGAUUCCUCCAUUAAACAACUCCUCUCCUUAAACCCAAAUCUCAAACCUUCUCUCUUUGAUUCUGUUCGCUUGCACUCACAUAUGCAUAUAGGUUUGUAUAUGGGAGUGUUUGCACAAAUCCUCAUGAAAAAUUCACAUCAAACAAAAUCUCCCUCUCUCUCUCUCUCUCCUUAACCUAGAUCACUCGCAUGAAUCCAGAUACCAUUCGAUCUAAGAUCAUAAGAACAAAAGCGUAAUAAGAAGUGAUUGUGUGGAGAGAAGAAAAGGGUAAAAAAAUUUGUAACUUUUAUAUGGUAAGAAGAGAAGAAAAGAGCAAACCUGGGAAAGUCAGGGGAGAAUUUGCUGGAGGGUUUAUUGGAUUGUAUCCAUGACAUCACUGCGGCUUUGGCUUUUGCUAGGAUGACUGAUUCUGCUUACAGAGUAGACACCAUUUCUAGACUCGCCCAAUGGCGAAUCCACAAUCUUUCUUCCUCCACUUACCGCAAGUCCGAUCCUUUCAAGAUGGGUCUUUGGAAUUGGCACUUGUCUGUAGAGAAAAGCAAGAUGCUAUUAAAUGUUAAGUUGUAUCCAGAGGUAUCCAACCUUACCAGAGAAAACCCACCAGUUGCUUCCUUUGUUCUUCGUGUUGUCUCUUCUGCUGGUGAUAGGAAAGUUUUAUCUCAUCCAGAAGUAAUAGAUAAGCGGAUUAAGACAAACGAAGAUUUUAUUUGGACUAUUGAAGUUCCCUUAACUGGGAAAAUCAUCAUCGACGUCGAGUUUCUUGACUUGAAGGUUCUGUCUCAAGAUAGUGGAGAAAUUUACUCUAUCUGGGCAGACGGUUCAACAGAGAAUCAAUCGAAAGGGACAGCGGUCACAUCCCUUGGACGUAUGUUGACAGAAAGCAUUUACACUGACAUAAUGAUCAAUGCUUCUGGUGGAAGCAUUGGAGCUCACCGAGCUGUUCUUGCUGCCCGCUCACCUGUUUUCCGCAGCAUGUUUUUACACGACCUGAAAGAGAAAGAACUAUCAGAAAUAAACAUACUCGACAUGCCACUUGAUGCUUGCCAAGCUUUUCUCAGUUAUAUCUACGGCAAUAUCCAGAACGAAGACUUUCUUAUACACAGAUUGGCACUCCUCCAAGCUGCUGAAAAAUAUGAUAUUGCUGAUUUAAAAGACGCGUGCCACUUGAGCCUUCUAGACGACAUCGACACAAAGAAUGUGCUUGAGAGGCUACAGAAUGCUUAUCUCUAUCAAUUACCUGAACUGAAGGCUAGCUGCAUGAGGUAUCUUGUGAAGUUUGGUAAGAUAUUUGAAAUCUGCGAUGAGUUCAACAUAUUCAUGCAAUGCGCAGACAGAGAUUUGAUUUCUGAAGUCUUCCACGAAGUCCUCAGUACCUGGAAAGGAUUUUAGAGGAAAUCAGAAUGGGUAUGUGUGCUAUUAUACAAGAACAUUUAUAGACUCUAAUUUUUUGUGCAAAAGGAUUUGUUGGUCUUUAUGUACAGAUUAAAGUAUUGGGGUUUAAACUCAAAACCCAAUUGUUGUCCUUGCAAGGAUAAAGCAGCAACAUGUAAAUUCAUGAUUUGAUUGAAUGUGAGCUUCUUAGCUUGAACUUUGAAUAGUUAA